CUUGUACAUUGCAGGCAGACGACAAAUGUCGACAGCCCUUAAUUAGGAAGUAGAAAAAGUUAUAUUUUAUAUUAUUUUAGAUUUUUAUAUUUGUCAUCUAAAAAGAUUAACUAGAAAGACUGAUCUUUGAUUGAUGCGUAGCAGCCGCAACAAUAGGUAGAAGACGUGCAAGGGCUAGCAUGGCGCGCGCAGCUCCCAACAACAAUUUGUCCACCUACAAGUUGGUGGUGGUCGGAGACGGAGGUGUUGGCAAAAGUGCAAUAACCAUCCAGUUUUUCCAAAAGCUAUUUGUUACCGAUUACGACCCGACUAUUGAAGACAGCUACAUUCAACACAUAGAAGUGGAUGGUCAAAUGUGUAUAUUAGAUGUGCUAGAUACAGCUGGGCAAGAAGAGUUCAGUGCAAUGCGAGAACAGUAUAUGAGGAAAGGCGAUGGCUUCAUGUUGGUUUAUUCUGUAACUGAUGAGCAAAGUUACGAAAAUAUAGUAAAUUUCCACACACAGAUUCUCCGAGUAAAAGACAGAGAUACCUACCCGAUGCUCCUGGUAGCUAAUAAGGUAGACCUCGUACAUCUACGCAAGGUGUCUGAGGACCAUGGUCGUGAGCUGGCGCAGAGACUGAGCGUCCCAGCCUACAUAGAGACUAGCGCUAAGGACCCUCCACUCAACAUUGACACUGCCUUCCAGGAGAUUGUGAGAAUAAUAAGAAAUCAGCCCCCGGCAGAGGCAGAGAAAAACCGCCAUCGUCGCCGAUCCAAAAAAUGUGUGUUGAUGUAAAGGGAAUGUAACCUACUUCCGAUUCUUCAAAAACCUACAAGUCUGCCGGUAUGGUAUUCUUAUAAUGUUUUUACGUAAGAAACUGUAUAAGGAUUCAUCAUCAAAAUGAGCUUUAACGCCCAUUGAGAGUUUGAUAAUCUGCUUCUUGUAAGCCUACUAUUUUUGCCCAUAUUUAUACUGUUUUUAUUUGUUUGUGACAUUUUCUUUACAUUUAUUAUUGUACACUUUUCUUAUUUUAACCAUCACCAGAUGGUGAAAUAUAUUUUGUUACUCAGUUGCUAUUAAAUCAGUAAUAUAUAGGCCUACAGUUGUAACAACUGUUUCUGUCAUGUAUUUUACUGUACAAAAAUUGAAUCGUAAAUGCUUUCUAGUCAAUAGUUGAUCCAAAAAGAAUUUUAUUGUUUGUUGUCCAUUGAUAGUCAGACUUUCUAGUCUCAUUUAUACAAUAAGGGUUGUGUAAGAGUGACUUUAUUAUAUAUAGCCUAUUUGAGGAAGUGUGAAAAAUGGUGGGAAUUCAAUAUUUUAUUAUUUUCUAAUUUUAACAGUAUUUACAAACUUUAAAUUUGUUGUUUAUUUUAAUCUGUUGAGGUGAUUUAAGAAUUAAUGAAUAAUAGAAAUAUACAGUAGAAUCCUUUAGUUUAAUGAAUGCAAUAUAAACCAAUUAAUUACAUUAAAAAAUCCAUCAACCAAAGAUUGAAUUUAAGUGUUGUCAUUUACGACUUAAUAUGGGUUUGUGAGUUUAAUAUUAGCUAACUGCCCUUUGUUUGGUUUUAAUAAAACCUAAUGCCUAAGCCCACAUUCAUGAUGAAAUAUUCCAUAAAAUUAAUGCAAGAUUCUAUGACUCCACUACAGAGAAGUAAGAUAAAGAGGAAUCAUUCAGUGGUAUACUUAAAUGGUGUCUUGCACUAGUUGCUGGUGUCUAGCACUAGAUGCUGUUGUCUAGCACUAGUUGCUGGUGUCUAGCACUAGUUGUUGUUGUCUAGCACUAGUUGCUGUUGUCUAGCACUAGUUGCUGUUGUCUAGCACUAGUUGCUGUUGUCUAGCACUAGAUGCUGGUGUCUAGCACUAGAUGCUGGUGUCUAGCACUAGUUGCUGG